AUGGCGCUCACGCACGCGAGCUCGGGGUCAUUUCGCGAUGUCGACCCCAGCAGUGUGGGAAUGAUGGAGGGGGCGUUUUUCGUCUCCCGCACUGAGCUCUUGGACUGGGUUAACACAACGUUCAACCUCUCGCUGACGAAAAUCGAGCAAGGCGCCUCGGGCGCCGUCUACUUGCAGAUCGUCGACGGGCUCUUUGGAGGCGGCGCCAAAGUGCCGAUGGCAAAGGUGAAGUGGAAUUGCAAGUUCGACUACGAGUUCAUCCAGAACUACAAGCUGCUGCAGUCCGUGUUCAACAAACAAGGAAUCAAGAAGCACAUCGAAGUUGACAAGCUGAUCAAGGGAAAAUACCAAGACAACCUCGAAUUCCUCCAGUGGCUGAAGGCCUUCUACGAUCGCCAAGCUGCACAGUUCCGCUCGUCAGACAAGCCCUACAACGCCUUUGAACGCCGCAAGCUCUCCGGCACUACGUUCCCCGAAUGGGCGCAGCCGCAGGCAUCUGCGGCCAGCGGGGCGCUUUCGGGCGCGAAGGAGACAGUCCCCUCGGCGCAGGGCUCUUCUGUAUCGUCCUCCUGUUCUUCCCCGUCGCCGGUGCUGCUCGCGUCGCUCGCGACGAGUCACACACCGCAGAGCUUCCCCGCCGAGAAGCGGAGAGCGGGUGCCUCCUCAUCGGCCUCUGCAUCGCGGCAGAGUUCGACUCCGAGCAAGACGAGCGGCCGGUUGGCGUCGGCGUCCGCCGGCGACCUCCCCGCGUCUGAAGAGGCGGCGGCCUCGCUGGGCUUCAGCGGACGGUGCGCCUCGACGUCGAGCCGCGCGCCUGGAGCCUCCCGCGAACUGGAGGCGGAGAUAGCGCGGCUCCGCAGUCGACUGGAGAGCCUGGAGACAGAGGCUGACCAGGCGCGCCUCGAGCGCGACUUCUACUUCCAGAAGCUCCGGCGUAUCGAGCUCAUGUGCUGCAGUUCGUCGGGCGUCGAGGCGCUGAGCGUGAAGGACGUGCUCGCGGUGCUUUACGCGACAGAUGAAGACAUUGACGAAGAAGGCGACGCACGCGAAGACGCCUUCGAGGAAGCGCUGGACGCGCGCGACGAGGUCGAGGACGACAAACGCCGACGCGGCGCGCCCAGCGACGAUGCGCGCAUAAAGGCCCGGAAGCACGCGGCGGCGCACACGAGGGACUGCGACAGAUCGACUGCCGCGUCGCCUGCGCUGCGGGAAGAAGACAGCGAAGGGGAUCUGAGCGCGCGACUCCGCAGCGUCGAGGCGCUCGCGCCGAUGUUCCAGUGA